AUGCAACAGACGGAGGCUUCAAAGCAUGUAAGAAUGAUUACACAAGAGAUUCGAAAGUCGUUGGAUAGGCACAAUAUUCUGUACACCACCUUGCUUGAGCUGUCUAAGACGCUUGGUUUGAAAACCUGUGCAGUUUGGAUGCCAAACGAUGAGAAACCUGAGAUGAACCUUACUCAUGAAUUGAAUGGGAGAAAUGUCAACUGUUCUAUUCCCAUCACUAAUCCAGAUGUUGUGAGAAUUAAGGAGAGUGAUGAAGUAAACAUAAUUGAUUCUGAUUCAGUACUUGUCACUGCAAGUAGUGGAGAUUCUGGUAGUGCAGGACCAGUUGCUGCUAUUCGAAUGCCCAUGCUUCGGGUUAGCAACUUCAGCGGGGGAACCCCGGAGAUAAGGGAGACAUGUUAUGCCAUAUUGGUUUUGAUUCUUCCUGUCACCGAACAUAAAUCAUGGAGCGCUCAAGAGCUGGAGAUCAUUAAGGGGGUUGCUGAUCAGGUGGCUGUGGCUCUGUCUCAUGCUGCAAUUCUUGAAGAGUCUCUUCUGACGAGGGUGAAGUUGGAGGAACAAAAUCGAGCAUUGCAAGUGGAAAAGAUGAAUACUAUGAGGGCGAACCAGGCUAGAGAAGCAUUUCAGAAGAUCAUGAGCAAUGGAAUGGGAAAGCCUAUGCACUCAAUUUUGGGGCUGCUUUCAGUGAUGAAAGAAGACAAGUUAAAGAGUGAACAGAAACUCAUUGUGGAUUCUUUGUUAAGGACCAGUAGUGUCUUGUCAAAUCUACUAAAUGAUGCCAUGGACUCAGCAAGGGACGAUGGAAGAUUCCCUUUGGAGAUGAAGCCUUUUGGAUUGCAUGCUUUGGUGCGGGAGACAGCUUGCCUUGCCAGAUUUAUGUGUGUUUAUAGGUGCCUUGGCUUUGUUGUUGAUGCUGAUAAGUCUUUGCCAGACAAUGUUAUUGGUGAUGAAAAGAGGGUCUCCCAAGUGCUUAUGCAUAUGAUUGGGAGUGCAAUAAAUGGUAACCAAGGAGGAGGGACUCUUGUGUUCCGAGUUUAUGCAGAAGGUGGAAGUCUAGGAAGGAAUGAUCAGGGAUGCUCAAACUGGACACCAAGCUCUUCAAGUGGGGAUGUAAAUAUCAGAUUUGAGAUAGGGAUGAAGAAUGGUGCUUCUGAAUUGGAGAAUUCAGUUCCUACAGGUAAGCCUCCGGGUUCUGUGCGUGCUCGUGAUAGGGUUGAGGAAAGAUUGAGCUUCAGCAUUUGCAAGAGGAUAAUCCAGUCGAUGCAAGGGAACAUAUGGUUUGUACCAAAUGCUGAAGAUCAUCCUCGAGUCAUACACCUUUCUCUUCGGUUUCAACUGCAGCGAUCGAUGGCGGUAUCCAUAUCUGAAACUGGGGAAAUUUAUGAGCCAUCAAGUUCCGAACCUUCCUUCAGAGGACUUCAAGUCUUGUUGGUCGAGAACGACAAUGUAAAUAGAGCAGUGACUCAGUGGUUGCUUCAGAAACUAGGUUGCAUUGUGACUUCUGUUUCUUCAGGAUAUGAAUGCCUCAGUGCCAUUCAACUUGGUGGAUGCUCCUUUCAGGUCAUUAUCUUGGAGCUUCACAUGCCUGAGCUUGAUGGAUUCGAAGUUGCAUCCAGGAUUCGCAAGUUUGGAAGCCAAAACUGGCCAGUGAUUAUUGCCUUGACUGCAAGCACGGGAGAUUUUUCGGAAAAAUGCAAGCAAGUUGGCAUGAAUGGAGUCAUAAGAAAGCCAGUUUUGUUGCAGGGACUUGCCAGUGAACUCAGAAGAAUCAUGAGUACUGUCUUGUGA